AUGCUUCGCUAUGCAAUGACACCACGAAGGAGCAUUUGGACUCCGUUGCAGGUCAAUCAGGGCGUUAUGGUAAGGAUGGUAAUGCACAGACCCAUCCUGGGCCACCUUAGCAGAAUGCGAUAUUCCAGCACGUCACCAAAGGACGCACAAGCCAUUACAUACCCGGUCACGGAGAAGGCGAGAGUUCUGGAGCAUAUUCAUUUCAAAAAACGCUGCACCUUCAAGGAGGGCCUUCAGAUACAGGAGCUUUAUGUCAUGCAUGCGCUCGAGGCGAAGAGAAUGCAGUCCAAAAUUGCGCAGCGACUGAGACAAAGGGCGGAGACUGCGACGAACACAGAUUUGCUGCUGGACUGGCCUGCGCCGGCCAAAUGCAUCUCGACGCCGAGGCCGACGGUGCUGACGUUCGAGUUUGAGCCCACAUACACAGGCGGCAAGCGGAUCAAAAAGACAAUUACUAAAGACGAAGUACAAGCUCUGGAAUCGUUUACGCCGCCUGGUAGCGAAGGGUACCCGAGUCCGAAGUUUGUGCAGGUCGAACGGGGGGGACAAGUCACAUUUCAUGGGCCGGGGCAGAUGGUUGCAUACAUUGUGCUGGAUCUCAAGGCAUUCCAUGGUUUUACAGUGAGAUGUCUCGUAUCUGCAAUUGAACGGGCCACAAUCAACACGCUACAGUGUGCCCCCAAGCACGAGGCCUCCAGGAAUGCCACCAGGAGAAGAAACGAUAAGCUUGGCAUAAAGGCCAUCCAGACAAGUGAAAACGGCGUUUGGAUUGACGAAAAACGGAAAAUUGCCAGCCUUGGUGUUAACGUGAGAAGGUCCAUCACUUCGCAUGGUGUAUGCAUAAAUGUGAACCCCACAUUACAGUAUCUGAAUCACUUCACGAUGUGCGGUCUCCCGGAAAGUUCCGCGACGUCGAUACACGAGCUGGUUCCGAGCGCAACGUGCGGCGUGGGUGACAUUGCGGCCACUUUUGUGAAUCAGUUCCGCAUGCUGCUGGGAAUCGAGGAGAUUGUCCGUUCUGACAUUUGA